AUGAACGAUACAAAGCCAUGGGGCUAUAGAUGGCGUUCGUCUCGGCUUCUGGUGGUUUCAUCCAUCACUGUUGCCUUAUUCGCAGAGACAUUUCUCUACGGGUUUCUUACUCCGAUAUUGAGUUAUAUGCUUGAAGAACGACUGCAUCUUGAUCCGUCACGAACCCAGACGUACACCACAGCUUUGCUCGCUACACAUGGGUUUAUCGGUCUCGUCUCUGCUCCGAUUGUCGCUCACCUUGCCGAGAAGACUCCGAGCCAGAAGAAACCGCUAUUGAUUGCUCUGGCAGGAUGUUUUAUCGGAACACUUAUGAUUGCUCUCGCCCCAUCUAUUUGGCUCCUCUUCCUUGGUCGCAUCCUGCAAUCUAUGGCAGGCGCCGCCACCUGGGUGGUUGGAUUUGCUCUACUAGCAAACAAUGUGGACAAGAAACAUCUCGGGCAGUCAAUGGGGACGGCCAUGUCUUUUGUAACUGCAGGAAUUGUCGGCGGACCAACAGUGAGUGGCGCAUUGCUCCAGUUAUUUGGCUACUGGGCCGCCUGGUCACUUCCCUUGAUCGUACUUGUCUUGGAUAUCAUUGCCCGUCUGGUCAUGAUUGAGCCUGGCCCCGGAUAUCCAAACAUGGAUUCUUUGAGCAAACCUGUUGCCACGUCAGUUCCCAGCAACGACGGCCCAGAAGAAUCGACUGCUCUGCUUUCUGAUACCCCGUCUACGGUCAACCCAGACGACCCUGAGAGCAAGCAUAACCUCAAACAGGAAUACUACAGAGCUAUGCUCUCUGAUCCCCGUGUUUUGACUGCGUUGGCUAACGUUGUUGUUGUCUCCUCGCUCAUGUCUGGCAUUAACAACACUCUCCCCGUCCACCUAAGACAAGCAUUUGGUUGGAAGAGUUUACUCAUUAGUACGAUGUUCUUCUGUCUCCAAGUCCCGAAUAUCGUGCUGAGCGGCCCAUCUGGAUGGCUUCGGGAUCGAAUCGGAAUACGGGGACCCACCGUUUUCGGCUGGCUUGCCAUGAUCCCUCUACUCCUACUUCUAGGGAUGCCCGGAGAUGCCCACUUCCCCUGGGCCGGAGGACAUGCAGCUGGGAAGUCUAUCUUCACUAGCAGUUUGAUUGCUUUAGGUAGUAUCCUACCUCUUGUGCGCGGUGUAGGAGCCGUGCAACUAGCCUAUGUUGUCAAGGAUAUGGAAGCUAAGGACCCGCAUCUAUUCGAGGCCAACAAAAGUAACCUGCGAGUAUUUUCCAUGACUGAAGUGGGAUACAGUCUCGGUAUGAUGCUCGGGCCUUUGUUGACCGGCUCACUAUUUGAAGGUGUUGGCUUCUUCUACAUGACUGUGGCAUUAGGGUUGUUUUCGAAAAAGAAGGAUGCUGUUCCUCUGUUGUUGUUGCAUGGAUGGCCUGGGAGCUUCCUCGAGUUCUUGCCUAUACUACAAAGGUUCCGAGACGAGUACACGCCAGAAACCUUGCCUUAUCACUUGAUUGUACCUUCGUUGCCAGGUUACGCAUUUUCCUCUGGACCUCCAUUGGAUAGGGAUUUUGGAACAGGUGAUAUUGCCCGCGUGUUGGAUCAAUUGAUGAAAGACAUCGGCUUUGAGAGCGGAUAUGUUGCCCAGGGAGGCGAUAUUGGAAGUCGGGUUGCUAGGCAUUUGGGCGUGGACCACGAGAGCUGCAAAGCUGUGCACGUCAAUGUGGUUUUCAUGAGAAAGCCGGACGGCAUGACAGACGACCACCUGAAUGCCUUUGAGAUAGAGGGCAUUGAGAGGAUGACGAACUUUACGACUACGGGCGCUGGCUAUGCGAUGGAGCAUGGCACUCGACCCAGCACCAUUGGACACGUUUUGUCAUCGAGCCCUAUUGCUCUACUAGCGUGGAUUGGAGAGAAAUUCCUGGAAUGGGCCGACGAUCCGAUAGCCCCGGAUGACAUUUUGGAAUCUGUCACUUUGUACUGGCUUACGGAGACGUUCCCUCGAGCUAUCUAUACUUAUCGACAGAACUAUCCUCCGUCACCGAUUCCAGCUUCCAAUGACCCCCGUUGGUAUAUACACAAGCCAUUUGGAUUUUCUUCUUUCCCUAUGGAGCUUGCUCGAUUGCCACGCUCUUGGAUCGAAACAACUGGAGACUUGGUAUUCUGGGAGCAGCAUCAGAAGGGUGGUCAUUUCGCGGCACUAGAGCGACCUGAUGAAUUGAAGACGGAUCUGGUCAAGUUUGUUGAUCAGGUGUGGCCAGGCAUUGCCGGUGCCAAAUAA